AUGCUAUUGUUAAAGUUUAUACUUAAUAGUAAAAGUAGAAGUUAUGCAAAAUUAGUAACUUCAAUCAGAUACGAGAGAGGAUAUUGCUCAUCAGAAAAAUUAAAACCUGCGCAAAAACCCGGAAAUCUGAAGCCUCAAGAAGAAUGGAAACCAGUAUACAAAUGUUCUCUGAUUCAACAAAUAUCUGUCAUCAAUCGUUUAAAGUUUUAUCAUUUGGGAGGAGCUUUUUUUCUAAUUCCUUUCGCUUUAUCAAUUCCUGAAAUAUUUCAUCCUCAAGUAGUUGCGUAUAUUGGUUUCACAGGUUCAUUGAUAUUAUUUGCAGUGAGUUACAUCUUUCAAAACAUGAUAGGCUUCGUCUAUAUUAAUAAAGUUAACCCAAAUCUUGUCAAGUUCUCCUACAUAAAUUUUUAUGGAAGAAGAGUUGAAUAUGAAAGUAAUAUUGAUGAUAUCGUUCCAAUUGACGAACACCCCAGCCACAUUUUCAAUAAAUAUACAAAAUCUGUUCAAUUUCACAAUACCAAAUUAAAAUUGAAAAUAUUCCAUACGUUUGGUCUAAUAAGUAAUUAUGAUCUUGCAAAACGGAUUCUUGGAAUGCAGUUCGAUUAA